CUUUUCUUCCGAUUUGUUUCGUAGUUCAUUUUUAAAUUUGCGAUAACACACAAAGCAUCUGCACGGCGCGAACAUAACAAAAAAAAUCUAUUCAGUGAACCUAUUUCAUUUAGCCAUGUCAUACUCAACGAAAAAUAUUUAUGCAACACUGCCUCGUACACAGCGCGGUCAACCAAUCGUGCUGGGCGGCGAUCCAAAAGGCAAGAACUUUCUCUACUGCAACGGGAACUCGGUUAUAAUCCGAAAUAUCGAAAAUCCGGCUAUUGCUGAUAUCUACACGGAGCACUCGUGCGCAGUCAAUGUUGCUAAAUAUUCACCGAGCGGUUUUUACAUUGCUUCGGGUGAUCAAUCGGGCAAGGUGCGAAUUUGGGACACAGUGAACAAGGAGCAUAUUCUGAAGAAUGAGUUCCAGCCAAUUAGUGGCCCAAUUAAAGAUAUUGCAUGGUCGGCUGAUAAUCAGCGAAUGGUAAUUGUUGGUGAGGGGCGUGAACGUUUUGGUCAUGUAUUCAUGACUGAAACGGGAACUUCAGUCGGUGAAAUUAGCGGUCAAUCGAAACCGUUGAAUUCAUGUGAUUUCCGUCCGGUACGCCCAUUCCGUAUCGCUACGGGCAGCGAAGACAAUACGAUUGCCAUCUUUGAGGGUCCACCAUUCAAAUUUAAGAUGACCAAAACAGACCAUGGACGUUUCGUACAAGCUGUUCGCUACUCACCAAGCGGCCACUUGCUCGCUUCGGGUGGUUUUGAUGGCAAAGUUUAUUUGUACGAUGGUGCUACGGCCGAACUAGUCGGUGAAGUGGGUAGCCCAGCUCACAAGGGUGGUGUUUAUGCUGUUGCAUGGAAACCAGAUGGAACUCAACUACUUACAUGUUCCGGUGAUAAGACAUGCCGCUUGUGGAAUGUUGAGACGCGUGAACUCAUCUCAGAAUUCAUAAUAGGCACCACAGUUGAGGAUCAACAAGUUUCGUGCUUAUGGCAAGGCGAACACUUAAUCACUGUAUCACUUUCGGGUUUCAUUACCUAUUUGGAUGUAAACAAUCCCGAGAAACCAUUGCGAAUUGUUAAGGGUCACAACAAACCGAUCACCGUGUUGGGACUGAGCGAUGAUCGCAGCACAAUUUACACAGGCAGUCACGAUGGAGCCAUUACCAGCUGGAACUCGGGCAGUGGAACGAAUGAACGUGUGGCUGGCACAGGUCACGGUAAUCAAAUCAACGGAAUUCGCUCAGCAGGUGAUGUCAUUUAUACGUGCGGAAUUGAUGAUUCACUGCGUGAAAUCAGCGUCGAAGGUAACACUUACACCGAUACCGUUGUGAAAUUGAACUGUCAACCCCGAGGUUUAGAUGUGCUUCGUGAGCAAAAUGUCGUCGUUUUGGCAUGCCAACGCGACAUCACUGUUGUGAAAGAUAAGAAGAAGAAAUUCUCACUUCCAAUCAAAUACGAAUCGAGCUGUGUGGCAGCCAAUCCGGAAUCGUUGGAUGUGGCCGUUGGCGGUGAUGAUAGCAAAGUGCAUGUUUACACUUUGACCGACGAUCAAUUGAAUGUCAAGGCUGAGCUGGAUCAUUUGGGCGCAAUCACAGAUGUUGCAUACUCACCAGAUAAUAAAUUCCUUGCUGCCUGCGAUUCAAACCGCAAAGUUAUCGUCUACAGCACCGAAGAGUAUAAGCCGGCUCAUAAGGCUGAAUGGGGCUUCCACAAUGCACGUGUCAACUGUGUUGCAUGGUCACCAAAUUCGAAAAUGCUUGCAAGCGGUUCAUUGGAUACGGCAAUAAUUAUCUGGUCGAUGACAACCCCAUCGAAACAUACGAUCAUCAAAAAUGCUCAUCCUCAAUCGCAAAUCACCGGUUUGGUAUGGUUAGACAACGAAACUCUCAUCUCCACCGGACAAGAUUGUAAUACCAAAAUUUGGCAAAUCGAAUCAAUUUGAAUGCGUAUUUAAGAAAUAACCGCCAAAUUGCAUUUCAUAUUACUGAUUAAAUUGUAUAAUCAUAUUAUCCAAAACAAAAAUGAA